UUUAACAACACUUACCAAUUCACAUAUAAAAUGACGUCACUGCCUUCUUCGAGUACUGCAGCACCUUUUGUGCCUGAAACUAAAAACAACAUUCUACAGAAGAUGGACACUGUCCUCCUUCGGAUUCUCAACUCUGCCCACCUCAAAACUCACAAAUACUUUCGUGUUUCAGUGCCUCAAGCUAUUACUGGCCAAGUUUUGGUUCAACAUAUACAUAAUGCUUUCUAUGCUUCUUCCUCGCUUUCUUCUUCAAACCAGCCCCCUUCAACAGUUAUGACGGCUGAAGAUGUUGGGGAAGCUGUCCAUUUUGCUACAAUGCUCUUGCAGUAUGGCUACAUCUUUCCGGUUAUUGAUGUGCAUGCGCAGUGUGUUAAGGAAGAUGGAACUCUAUAUAGGAUACAACUUCCAUAUUUUUGGCCAUCACAUGCUCAACAAGCUGAUAAUGUUGAAUAUGCCAUAUAUCUUUCAAAACGUCUUUUACGCAAUGAACUGAAACAUGGACUGGACGAGGAAGAAGCUGAUGCCUACAAUAGGUCUUUCGAACUUUUAAGCCAUAUGUGGACUUUCAUCUCUGCCCAAGCAGAACUUCAACUUAAAGCGUUAAAAGAACGCAAAAAGGCUGAAAAAGUUGUUUUUGACACGGAAGAAAGAGCUUUUUGGAGGACGAGAAGGCCAGGUUAUUGUUAUACGGAUUUUAUAAGUGGUUGGUCCCCGUCCACGCCUCCUCCCGUGGCGCUGUCUCCCCGAAAAGUUUUCCCCGUGGCCCCCCUCGGUGACCAACUCUAUUCUUUAUCCUUUUCCUUAAAUUUUUUUUCAAAAUUUUUUAAUCGUAUCUUUUUAGGUUAUUCAAACAUGGUCUUUGAAGAAGGUUUACAAAAGCUUGACCGCAAAAUUCGUAGGCCUACUAUUAGCCAUCUUCACACAACAAUUGAACGUUUACGAUUAGCUCUAAAAACUAAGCCUUGGUUAAAAAUGCUGAAAGCUAGUGAAAUAAUGACUAAUUGGACGGAACAAUUUGCAGAAUAUGACCCUUUUCUUUCAUCACCACAGCCUUCGAAUCCUUGGAUUUCUGAUGACUCAACACUUUGGGUUUUAAAUGCUGACAAUGUUGAAGUGCCUACGGAAAGACGUGUUAAGCGUUGGGGAUUAAGUGUUAUCGAGUUGGUUAGAGAUCCUAUUGGAAGACAGGUGCUAGAAUCAUUUCUCGAUUCCGAAUUUUCUUCCGAAAAUCUUCGUUUUUGGAUGUCUAUUCAAGAUUUGAAAUAUUCGGCAAAUUCACAAAUAGAAACUAAAGCUCAAUUAAUUUUGGAUGAAUAUUUGGCUGCUGGUUCUCCUUGUCAGGUUAAUGUUGACUCUCGUACUCUCGAUGAAACGCUUAAAUGUAUAAAUGAAUCUCAUACUUCUAGACGUUUUGCCUUUUCUUUAGCUGAAGAACACGUUUUUACUUUAAUGAGUAAAGAUUCAUAUCCACGUUUUCUUCGCUCUCCAAUAUAUAAGGGUGUAUUGGAUGCUGCAAAAGCUAAAGGCAAAAAACGCAUUUUCGAUGUCAUAAAAGAAUUGAGCAACGUUAGUGUAAGCACCAAACGUACACCAAUUCAAAAACAUCACAAAAUGAGUAGAAGUAGUGCUUGUGUUGAUGUAAUAGAAGGAGGAGGAACAACAUCAUCAUUAACAACACAAUCACAUCAAACAUUAAAUACUGGAACAACAAUAUCACCACCACCAGGCGGAGGAGGUGGAGGAUUGACAACAUCAACAACAAUAUCAAAACAAAUAAGCUCAGAUUCUCUUCCAUUAAUUGCUGGAGGAAGUAGUAGAUCACCAGUUUCUUCUUCUCUAAAUUUAUCUCCUCCAAUGUUAGCUGGUGGGGGUACAACUUCGUCGACUACAACUAAUACAAGUGAUACUUCUGGUACUUCUAAUAAGGAAGGAAAGUAAAAUUUGUUUGUGUGAAUUGGUAUAUUUUUUGAAUAAUUUUU